AUGCCUGCCAGCACGCUGCUAACUCCGCACAGAGGCGCCAACGAAGACGAAAGCCACGAUCAGAUCGGCUCCACCAGCUCAACACCGCCCGGUGCCACCACGCCCCGCCCCGACCCGACUGACAAGCGACUGCCGGGUAUUCUGCACAGUUACUUUGGCCAGGUUCGUGAUUCUCUCAUGCCCCAAAGGAAAUCUUCGCUGGCCGACCCCUCCCCCGCACCCGCUACUUCUGCCACCUCUUCCCAGGACCGCCCAGAGUCGGUCCAGGAAGAAAAAGAGUCACCCUCGCAUCCCACCAACAUGCUUCCCAGCCCCACCCCCAGUGCCUCUUCCCGCACCCCCUCAACCUCGCAGUUGACUGGAGAAUCGGAGAAGCUAACAGAGGGCGCCUUUGCGCCACCGCAAAAUCAGGCCACUCCCCCACAGACCCCCCGCACACGCUCACACGAGAGCAAGCCCAAGCCGUCGAGCCUCUCGCGGACCUCCAAUGCCUCAGAUAAGUCGAAAGAGACCAAGGGAACGCCCGUCGUAGGCCCGCCGAAGGGCAAGCUCGAGGUCACAAUAUCAGAGGGACGCGGUCUGCGGCCAAGCUUCCAGUGGGCCGAGUACAUUUCAGAUGGGCCGCGGCACGAUGACAAGAAGGGCCGCCCCGCCCCCAUGCAGAUGAAGCGGACGGAGAGCGAGAUGGGCAGGCCAAUGGCCAUACCAAUGAAGAGCCGCCAGAGCAGCAACAGCGGUCACAGUUCCGACGCACGUGAGAGCUCCCUUGAGGAGAUUUCGGACCCGAAGUGGGAGCAUGAAGCUAUUUUUGACGUUGUUGGCGACCACGCCGAGAUUGACAUCUCCGUCUACGAUCGAUCCAACGGCGAAGCCUUCCUCGGUCAUGUCCGUUUUUGCCCGAAUCUUGUCGAGUAUGAGCACCCCUACGAUGGUUGGUUCCAUCUGGAGCCACGGGAAAGAGACGGCGCCCAUGUCACUGGCGAGAUCCACCUGAAGCUCAACUUCCACAAGAUUGACAAGAAGCACUACGGACCUGAGGAUUUCGAGAUUCUCAAGCUGAUCGGCAAAGGUACCUUUGGCCAGGUCUUUCAGGUGCGGAAGCGGGACACUCGCCGCAUAUACGCCAUGAAGGUGCUUUCAAAGAAGGUUAUCGUGCAGAAGAAAGAGGUGGCACACACCCUUGGAGAACGCAACAUCCUCGUGCGGACAGCUAUGGCUGAGUCGCCAUUUAUAGUAGGGCUGAAAUUCUCGUUCCAGACACCAUCAGACCUCUACCUCGUGACAGACUACAUGUCAGGCGGCGAGCUCUUCUGGCAUCUACAAAGGGAAGGUCGUUUCCAGGAAGCUCGAGCCAAGUUCUACAUCGCCGAACUCAUCCUCGCACUGCAACACCUCCAUGAGCACAACAUCGUGUACCGAGACUUGAAGCCUGAGAACAUUCUUCUCGAUGCGAACGGCCACAUCGCACUAUGCGACUUUGGUCUUUCCAAGGCUAACCUUACUGAGAAUGCUACCACAAACACCUUCUGCGGUACUACCGAGUACUUGGCACCCGAGGUCCUUCUUGAUGAGCAUGGUUACACCAAAAUGGUCGAUUUCUGGUCCCUUGGUGUGCUUGUCUUCGAGAUGUGCUGCGGAUGGAGUCCCUUCUACGCGGAGGACACGCAGCAAAUGUACAAGAAUAUUGCCUUUGGAAAGGUCAGGUUUCCUCGGGAUGCUCUGAGCACUGAAGGCCGAAACUUUGUCAAGGGUCUUCUGAACAGGAACCCGAAGCACAGGCUGGGUGCCACGAGAGAUGCUGAAGAGCUCAAGGCCCAUCCCUUCUUUGCCGACGUUGACUGGGAGGCGCUGCACAAGAAGAACGUCGUACCACCCUUCAAGCCAAAGCUCAAGGGCGAACUGGAUGUUUCAAACUUUGACCCAGAGUUCACCAAUGCCCUGAAUGGCAAUGGUUCUCUGAACGCUCGGGCUGCGGCGCUCGCAUCUGGUGUCAAUCCUGCGUCGACACCUUUGUCGCCGACCAUGCAAGCCAACUUCGCCGGUUUCACUUUCACUGAUCAAAGUACGAUGGACCAGCAGUUUGCUCACAAACAACGAGACGAUGCGGAACGAAUGGAAGAAGACGAGAAGGACGAAGUCGACUGGGACAGGCCAGCGGGACGCGGAGAUAGAAUGUCUGGGGUCAUCCCGAGCAACGACCACGACAUUUUCAACCAAGGGAACUUCGACGUCUAA